GGGCGGAGGAACCUGGCCUUGGCCGGUGAGCCUGUGAGCCGUAGGGAGGUUGGUCGCUGUCUUUCUGUUCUUCCGCUGCGUUCCCCCGCCGCUGCCUGUGUUCAGGCGCUACCACUUGUGUCCCGCACCUGUGCCCCGCACUCGCCGCCCAGCGCGCCGCAGCCCGGCCUUAGAAUGACGGACCAGGCGGCUUUCGACACGAAUAUCGUCACCCUGACCCGCUUCGUCAUGGAGGAGGGCAGGAAGGCCCGCGGCACGGGCGAGAUGACCCAGCUGCUCAACUCGCUCUGCACGGCGGUCAAAGCCAUUUCCACGGCCGUGCGCAAGGCGGGCAUUGCGCACCUCUAUGGAAUUGCUGGCUCUACCAAUGUGACUGGUGAUCAAGUGAAGAAGCUAGAUGUCCUUUCCAAUGACCUGGUUAUUAACAUGUUAAAGUCAUCAUUUGCCACUUGCGUACUUGUGUCAGAAGAAGAUAAGCACGCCAUUAUAGUGGAGCCAGAGAAAAGGGGUAAAUACGUGGUCUGUUUUGAUCCCCUUGAUGGAUCUUCCAAUAUCGACUGCCUUGCGUCCAUCGGAACAAUUUUUGGCAUCUACAAAAAGAGUUCAACUGAUGAGCCUUCUGAGAAGGACGCUUUGCAGCCUGGCAGGAACCUGGUAGCUGCUGGCUAUGCCCUGUAUGGCAGUGCCACCAUGUUGGUCCUGGCCAUGGUGAAUGGCGUCAACUGCUUCAUGCUGGACCCGGCUAUUGGAGAGUUUAUUUUGGUGGACAAAGAUGUGAAAAUCAAGAAGAAAGGGAACAUCUACAGCAUCAAUGAGGGUUAUGCCAGGGAAUUUGAUCCUGCUGUCAUGGAGUAUGUCCAGAGGAAGAAGUUUCCCUCGGACAACACAGCCCCUUACGGUGCCAGGUACGUGGGCUCCAUGGUGGCUGAUGUCCACCGCACCCUGGUCUAUGGAGGGAUCUUUCUGUACCCCGCGAACAAGAAGAGCCCCAAUGGAAAGUUGAGACUGCUAUACGAAGGUAACCCAAUGGCCUACGUCAUGGAGAAGGCGGGAGGAUUGGCUACCACUGGGAAGGAAGCUAUACUGGAUAUUGUUCCCACUGACAUCCACCAGAGGGCGCCAGUCAUCUUGGGGUCGCCUGAAGACGUGAAGGAGUUCCUGGAGAUCUGUAAGAAGCACGCUGCCAGAUGAAGACCUGGCCUUGCCAGCACAAAAAAGAAUCGCCAUUUAUCUUGGACCUCUCGUCUUGCACAGUGCUGCCCCUUUCUGACUACAUCCACAGUCCUAGACAGCAGAAAUAAAAAGCAUGGGUAUUUUCACUAUCAAAUGCAGUGUCGUGCCUGGUGCUGUCUUCCUAUCCCAGUAAUGCUGCUGAGGGCGUAUUUUGAG